GGUUUGUGAUAUACAGUCAGUGCUCAGAGCUCCACACUUACACAGGUUAAACAACCAGAUUAGAGAUUAACUCUCCUUUUUGUCACCAAAACAAAACACGCACAAAGUAUAAACUCCUCUCUCAUAGAAAAGUAACCCAACUUGAAUGAUAUGCAAGCAACAACUAACUGUUUCGGUUUCGGGUUCGCUUUCUGCCUCACCUCUCAGCCACGUUCCCACAUGUUCAAACACCGCAGAGCAAUAAACAGGAAAGUGCUGAACAGCAGAACAUCAGCAGAGACAGAAAAUCACACAUCAACUGCCUGUAAAAGAGAGAAAUGGCCACUCGUCAAGAUCACCUGAGGAUUGUCCUGCUGGGAAAAACUGGAAGUGGGAAAAGCAGCUUGGCCAACACCAUAUUUGGAGAGAAGGAAGAGGUGUUUGAGAUAGAUCAUACUGCAAACUCUGGAACAAGUCAGUGUAGAGAAGCUACCAGAGUGGUGAAUAGAACAUCUGUCUCUAUAAUUGACACUCCUGGUUUCUUUGACGAUCGCACGUCUGAAGAGGAGCUGAGAAAUGAGAUUACAAGGAGUGUCGUAGAGUGUUCUCCUGGACCUCACGCUUUUCUUAUUUUACUGAAAGUGGAGAGAUUCACAGAUCAUGAGUACGAGGUUAUUACCAAAAUCAUAGAGUCUUUUUCUGAAGAAGCUUUCAGAUAUGCUGUGCUUGUCUUCACUCGUGGUGACGAUCUUCCUGAAGGAAUGCAGAUUGAAGAGUUUUGCAGGAGCAACAACCGUCUACGUGAGUUGUUAGAGAGAUGUGGUGGGCGCUGCCAUGUCUUUGAUAACAAAUACUGGAACAACAAAAACCUACAGCAUGAAUACAGAAACAACAAGCUGCAGAGGGAAAACCUGCUCCACACAAUAAAAGAGAUGGUGAGGAACAAUGGCAGAGGCUGUUACACAAAUGAGAUGCUACAAGAAGUGGAGAAGGCAAUACAACAACAGCAAGAGAGCAUUAGAUCAUCAUCAGGAGUCAUGUCACAGGAAGAAAUCAGAGAGGAGGCAAAGAAGAGAGUCUACAAUAGUCUCAAGAUGGCUGCUGGUGUUACCACAGGGAUGCUGUUGGGAGCACUGCUUGGUGUGCCAAUAAUGAUUGCAGCUGUUAUUCCAAUACUGAAAACAGCAUUAAGCCCUGGAGUGGCAGGAGUGGUACAAGCAAAACUUCCAAUAACUGGUGUUGGAUUGGGUGUGGUUGCAGGCCUUGCUGCUACUGCAGGAGCAAUAGGUGGGGGUUGUGUAGGAUAUUGUGAAGCUGAUGAAGCAGAUUCAAUAAAGGAGGCAGUUAUGAACACAGCUGAGGCUCUUGGUGAACUAGCUGUAGAAGCAGUAAGUACUCUCACAAACACUGAAACAAAACGAAGCAAACACCUGAUUAAAAGAGAUUAACAUGUUUCUAAGAAACAUGUAAUACUCUAAACUCAUUAUCACCAUUUUAUAGCGUCACUUUUGGACAGCAUUUAUCUGUUCUACUGCUUCAUAACUUUGCUUUUCUUAGGCUACUUACAAUGUCUAUAUAGGUUUAAAGCUUUUUUUGUGUUAUUCCAGUAUUUCUGUCUUUGCCUUUUUAAUUCAUAUAUUUCCUUUUAGACAAUCAAAAACAAUUGCUUGUUAAUUUUAUCUCUUAGUUUUUGAAAAAUUUGCUGUGAUAAUCCUCAGUAAAACAUUUGUCAUACAUUAUCCUGCUAGCUAUGGUUUAAGUUGGUUUCACUCUUCAGUGUCUGCAUACAAUAAAUGUUGAGUGUUGUACUUGAAGCAGAUAUUUCCAGGUUGGUUUGCAACUUGUAUGUACAGUAUAACCCUAUGUUAUUGGGUUAUGCUGGGAUUUGUUUUCUAUUCCUGAAUAAAUAAAGUUUUGUAUUUUUUAAAAAUAUUUUGUCCUUGGAGUCACUAGUAGAAUAAUACAUUAGUUCCCAGAUUUGUUUUUAAAGUUACAGUUAAAAUAGUGAAGGGUUUAGAAAUACCAUUAAGCCCUGGAAUGAGAGCAGUUGGGGUAAUAUUAAUUGGUGUUGGAUUGAGUGUAGCUGUAGGCAUUGCUGCAGGAGCAAUAGGUAGCGAUUGCAUAGCAUACCAGGAAGCUGAUAAAGCAGAUUCAAUAAUGGUGGUGGAUAGAAACAAAACACACCCAUGAUUAAAAGAGAUUAACUUGUUUUCUAAGAUACAUGUAAUGCUCUAAACUCAUUAGCAUCAUGUAAUUGUGUCACAUUUGGCAGCAUAUAUCUGUUCUACUGCUUGAUUAAAUAGGUUUAAGAUUUUCUGAGUUGUUUUAAUAUUUUAUUUAUAUUUCGGUCAUGUCUGUAUACAAUAAAUUUCGAGUGUCGUACUUUCAGAAGAUAUUUCCAGGUUGGUUUGUAACUUGUGUGUGUGUACAAUAUAGACCUUUGUCCAUUGAGUCUUCCACUGUUUCUAUUUAUAUCCUCAGUGUGACUUCUGUUUAUAUUGAUGGACUUUGUUUUCUGUUGCUGACUAAAUGAAGUUUUUCUUUCUGUUUAAUAAUUCUGUCCUUGUCACUAGUACAUUAAUUAGUACAUUAAUACGUUAGUCAUGACUUAUUAUAAACAUUCAUAAUAGGCAUAUCAGUUAUGUAUGAUGGCAGAACGUUGUAUCUGUGAGGCAACAGUGUUGUGAUCAAAACUUUUGGCAGUGGCAAAAACUUCAUACAUGUGCUUCAUCCACGAGACAAUUAAAAAAACACAUCCAGAUGUGCAGAAACAACUUUUUUGAAUUGUUCAAAAUAGUUAUGAACAAUAAUAAAUAUUUCAUUAGUUUCAAAUACUUUUAUUGGAGGUUAAUGGAUGUUCUAAAAUAGAGGACAUGCAGAGGGUUGGUGUGACAGAGGAGGAUGCUAGGGAUGCUAGGAGGCAGAUGAACUGCUGUGAUGACCCCUAAAAGCUGUCAUGAUCCUGGUUCUUUUGACCCAGCGUUUUAAGUUUGAGUUUAUUUUGUUCAUUAGGUUAUCUAAGUUCAUUUGGUUAUUAGACUCCUUGUGUUUUCUUCCCCUGUAUUUAAGCUUCCCCUCACCCUUCGUGUUUCAUGCUUAUGUUAUCAAGUUUGUAUUAUCAUGCCUAAGUGUUUCUAGUUCUUAUUAUUUCCCCCUCGUGUUUCCAACCAUGUUAAAUCUCCCCUGCUCUUCAUGCGUUUCAUGUCUGUGUCUUACAUUGUCAAGUUCUGGUUGUCGUGUCUAAGUCUGCAUAUUUCCUGUUUUAUUUUGAAAAGGGGUCUUGUGUUCUGUGCUCAUGCGGUUAGUUUUACUCUUGCCUGUGCAUCAUUAUGUUUAUCCUAGUCAGCUGUUUCCUCAUGUGUCUCCACUUCCCCUGAUCACCUCCUGUGUAUUUAAGUCCUCUGUUUUCAGUGUGUGAUUGUCAGGUCGUCUGUUGUCCACGCCAUGCUUCCCAUGCCAUGCUUCCAAGUUUCUUGUCUAGGUUUUUCUUAUUGUUUCAGGUGCUGCACAUCUUGUAUCUGCACAUCUUCACACCAUAG